AUAAAUACCCUCUUUGGAACCCUCAUCAUCUUCAUCUCCCUCCCAAGAACCCCACCAUGGCAACCCUUGCCGGAAGCUCGCGUUUCCCUUCCCACCAUGCACUUCUCGUCGUGCUCUCUCUACUCUCUCUGUCCUUCUGCUCCUUCGCCCUCGACAUGUCCAUCAUCGACUACGACGAGGCCCUCCUGCAGAAAACGUACGAGGCAUGGCUGGUGAAGCACGCCAAGGCCUACAACGCCAUUGGUGAGAAGGAGAGAAGGUUCCUCAUUUUUAAGGACAAUUGGAAGUUCGUUCAGGAGCACAACAAUGGGGCGGGGAACAAGGAGUUCAGGCUUGGGUUGAACAAGUUCGCGGAUCUCACCAACGAAGAGUACAGGGCCAUGUUCUUGGGCACCCGGAAGAAGCUCACGUCGAGGAAGAGUGGUCGCUACGCUUUUCGCGACGGAGAGACGCUGCCUGCCAUGGUGGAUUGGAGGGAGAAGGGUGCCGUUGCCCCCGUCAAAGAUCAGGGCCAGUGUGGGAGUUGCUGGGCAUUCUCAACGGUGGCAGCUGUGGAAGGAAUCAAUCAAAUUGUAACUGGCAAUCUGACCACUCUAUCAGAGCAAGAAUUGGUGGACUGUGACAGAAGCUACAACAUGGGGUGCAAUGGAGGUCUCAUGGAUUAUGCUUUUGAGUUUAUAAUACAAAAUGGUGGCAUUGACACAGAAGAGGAUUACCCCUAUACAGCACGUGAUAAUAUGUGUGAUACAAACAGGAAAAGUGCUCGCGUUGUUAGCAUUGAUGGGUAUGAAGAUGUCCCAAGCAAUGAUGAGAAAUCUUUGAUGAAGGCUGUUGCAAAUCAACCAGUUAGUGUUGCCAUUGAAGCUGGUGGCAGGGAAUUUCAACUUUAUGAAUCGGGUGUUUUCACUGGGCGAUGUGGCACAGAGCUAGAUCAUGGUGUUGCAGUAGUUGGAUAUGGAACAGAAAACGGUACUGAUUACUGGAUAGUGAGGAAUUCUUGGGGUCCAGGAUGGGGUGAAAAUGGUUACAUUAAGCUAGAGAGAAAUUUGUUGAACAGUGAGAAUGGUAAGUGUGGUAUUGCUAUGGAGGCAUCCUACCCCACAAAGAGUGGUACCAACCCUCCAAAUCCUGGCCCUUCUCCCCCAACUCCUGCAACCCCUUCAACAGUGUGUGAUGAAUACUACACUUGCUCCCCUGGAACCACAUGCUGCUGCCUUUUUGAUUAUAAAGGUUUCUGCUUUGGAUGGGGAUGCUGCCCCAUUGAGUCUGCAACAUGCUGUGAUGACAAGUCCAGUUGCUGCCCCCCUGAGUUCCCUGUCUGUGAUACCUUGUCUGGUUCUUGCUUAUUGAGCCGAGAUAACCCAUUUGGGGUAAAAGCUUUGAAAAGGGAGCCAGCUACAUGUACUUGGACCCAAAGGAAAGCUUCCAUGAAGAGUAACUAAGGGACAGAGUAAUGAUUUAGGCGCAACAAACUUUAAUGUGCUGGAAAAAUGCUUGAACAUGGCAUCCUCUGGAACUUUUAAUUUUAUCAGUUGGAAUUAGGUUCCACUAAUGUCUAGAUAGAACUGAAACCCAACUUUUCUUUUCCAAACUCGUUGCUGUAAAUUUCUCCGCAACUACUCAACUGGU